UUAGGAGGCGCUGGAUACGGACAAUGUCCAAGAUGGUUGCCUCUCCAGAGCUCAUGCAAUCAGCUAGACCGCAUGUCUGCGGCUUCAAAUCAUUUGCCAAACAGCGCGCGCUGCUCACGUGCACGGCCGCUCCGCAGGUGCCCCGCAGUCACACGCGCGCCGAGUACCUCGUGGGCGUGUGCCGACGGAGCGGACAUCUGCGGAGGGCCCGAGACCUCUGGAAUGGCCCAGAGGACAGUCAGACAUCUCCCGGGCGCGCCGACGAGGGGGCGUCCCUGGUAUCCGUCUGAGCUCUCCUUGCGCCACCAGGCCCGCGUGCAGCGAAUUGAACUGGAUCGGCCUGCCGGAUCUGGCGUGCCCUGGCAGCGAAUGAUGCAGUGGACGGGGUGCAGCGAAGCCUGUGCCACCAAUGCCCAGCAUUGAGCCCUUGGCCUCUGCCUGCAAAAAAAGAAGGGCUGCACCCCGCUAACGAGAGCGAGUCGCCGAUCAACUAUCGGCCUGUGCUGACUGUCCGGUGCAGCUGGCAGCACGGCGGCUGACAGCGGUGUACAUUUCAACUCCGUUGAACUGUUAAGACGUGGCGUAUGCCGCGUAAGGAAGAGGAAGCGAAGUGGGAGGAGGAGGAGGAGGAGGAGGAGGAGGAGGAGGAGGAGGAGGAGGAGGAGGAGGAGGAGGAAGGAAGCCACUCCCCGUGUGAGGACGCACCGGAUACCGUGUCCCGAGCAGGGAGUCGGGCGUGCGCUCGGCCUCGCAUCGGCGCACGCGCGCCCUCUGGACAACCGGAGCCCUCCCCGCGCGGAGACCUUGGCUGCGCCGGCCGACCCCUCCCAUGUGGGGCUGGCAGCGCCCAUCCCCACUUCGAGGGGGCACGCUGGGAGAGCGAAUCACCUCGCCCUGUCCCAGGAGGGGUGAUGGUCUGCGGCCCAGGCCUCGACGCGCUGCUGUCUGCGCGCCCCAGCGACUGCGUUUUGUGGGCAGCGGGCUGAGGCGGACAGGCCUGCAGGCUGAGCGGGAGGGAAUGGGGCUUGCGGAAAGGGCAGGGCUGGGCCGACCCUGACGCGCGCCGCGCGGCGCCCUGACGCGUCUUGAAUGACAAGUUACCACGACUAACGAGGGCCAUCAGAACUAGCGUUGGGUCGGGCAUGUCCCCCAUAGAGGGGGAUUUUGGACG